AUGGCAACUUCGCUUAGCUCUCCCUUAAAUUUUCUGCUACAAUCAGCUUUUGUUUCAACUUUGCUUCUUGUUUGCUUAUCUCCCUUUUACAAACCAAUCAACAUUCGCAGCCGCUUGUCUUCUUUCUAUGCAUCUAAUUUUGAACCUUUUCCGUCAACAAUUCUGGUUCUACCACUACCAAACACCACUCCUGGUGUUGGGCAGGAUGCAGAAAUCUAUUGGAAGAUCAGAGCAAGCCCAUUUGAUGGAAGGCUUCAACCAUCACCACCAUCAUCACUAAUUCCAUUGCCGGUACAGAAUAGUACUGUGGCUUUUAGCCCCAGAUUUCCAGUGGCUACAAGGCAUCAGAAAAAAACGAAGAAAGGUUUAGAGAGAAUUGAAGAUGGAUUGGCUAGAGCAAGAGCAGCUAUUUUGAGAGCAAUUCAAUCAAAGAACUCUUCAUCAUACAAGAAGGGGAGUUACAUUCCGAGAGGAGCCAUUUACAGAAAUCAAUAUGCUUUUCAUCAGUUAAGUUUGGAGUCUGAAUCGCCCCUAAAGAGACAAACUCACCUUGGCCUAGUGACACUAGCAUUAUACAUUCUCUGGACCACGUUGCCAAAUUUGCACAUGACUGGCUAUGGUUGGAAAGUCAUGCCGCAAGUUGGCCAAGAGAAUAGUCUGUCAAAAUUAACCCCAUCAAGUUGCCGCAGUGGAAGGGAAUCUAAAUUUACGAAGCCAAUCCGUGGGGACAAAAGUCAAGGCUUUGGGGUUUAG